CAGUACACCUCACAUUCUGCGUCGAGCACAACAGAACAGUCGAGAUGUAAGCGUCCCCAGUCGGUCCCCAUGUCGGGCGGGCUUGCAUAUGUUGCUGACACUCGCCAUAUAUAGGCAGAUCACACUCAGCGUAAACAACCCCGAGAUGGAGGAGCAGGAAUUGCGGCUCGUGACCCUCGGUGUCUACCCCGAAAUGACAGUAGAGGCCUUGCGGAGCUCCAUCGAGGCUGAAGGCAUUCCUGCCCCGGCCCAGCAUCUCUACCACAACGGCCAACUAAUUACCGACAACACGAAGACCCUGCAAGAGCUUCAGAUCGCUGAUGGCGAUAUGCUUGCCCUCCAUGUCCGAGAUAUGAGAGGUUCCGGCGUGGAUCCUGGGCAUCGGGAGCAAGCGCCUAGGAGGAGGCCCGCUGCUGGUCAACCAGGGGCCAGUCCUCUGCAACAGGAUCCUGAACUCAUCCGGCUGCAAGUCCUAGGCGAUCCUGCGCUGAGGACACAACUGCAGAGGUUGAACCCUGCACUUGCCGCCGUGCUUGAGGACCCCCAGCGUUUUGCCCAGAUGUUCCAAAACAGUGCCCUCGAGCAGGAACAAGCACGAAGGGCGCGUAUGCGGGAAAUCGAGGCUUUGAACGCUGACGAGUUCAAUCCAGAUGCACAAGCCAGGAUCGAGGAGAUGAUUCGCCAAGAAAGUGUCGUGGAGAACCUACAGAAUGCAAUGGAACAUAAUCCAGAAUGUAUGCAAUCCCCAAGUUCCAAAAAUUUAAAUGCCGCUUUAAUUAUGCUAAUUGACUUACGUAGCAUUCGGUCGGGUGCACCUCCUCUAUAUCGACGUAAAAGUCAACGGGUUCAAAGUAAAAGCGCUUGUGGACUCCGGUGCUCAGGCUACCAUUAUGUCCCCAGCCUGCGCUGAGCAAUGUAACAUCAUGCGACUAGUCGACAGACGGUUCGCUGGUGUUGCUAGAGGCGUUGGUACAGCCAAUAUUAUCGGGCGUGUCCACUCCACUAUUCUCCAGGUUGGGUCAAAGCACCUUCAUUGUGCAUUUACCGUGAUGGAGGGCAAAGCCGUGGACCUAUUGCUGGGCCUUGACAUUUUAAAG